AUGACUGAGAAAAAGAGGCCACAGAUUUUGAUCAUGAGCACUGGCAGUGUGGCUUGCAUCAAGCUCCCAGAGCUAGUUUCCAAGUUGCACUCAGCAGAGGCAAUGGAUAUCAAAUUAGCUGUCACUGAGCAUGCUUUGCAUUUCUUUAGUCCUCCUGAUCUUCCACCAGAUGUGAUGGUCUUCAGAGAUUUAGAUGAAUGGACCACUUGGAAAGGUAGAGGUGAUCCUGUAUUACAUGUAGAGUUGAGGAAAUGGGCAACAAUUGGCCUAAUAGCUCCAUUAGAUGCCAACACUCUCGCAAAAGUUGCCAAUGGGAUAAGUGAUAAUCUGGUGACUAGUGUCCUGAGAGCUUGGGAUAUGCAGCGGCCAUUGAUCUUCUGUCCAGCCAUGAAUACAUGCAUGUGGAAUCAUCCAUUGACUCAGAAGCAUCUGAAGGUAUUGGAGGAUGAGCUGCACUUCCAGCAGGUACCCCCAGUUGAAAAGGAACUGAUGUGUGGAGACAAAGGUAUUGGUGCUAUGGCUAAUGUUGAGGACAUUGUCAAAGCAGUUCUAUGUAUUUGGGAUGCAUCCAGUCUCAACAGUAAAAACUAGGUUUCUCCUCUUUUUAUGAAAUUCUUAUUGACAAAAAUCCAUAUCACCCA